AUGGCCGACCCACGAAAGACGCCAUGGCUCGUUCUCGGCCUGGACCCCUCGUGGUUCACAUCAACGACGAAUGCUUCCCCGGAUGCAGGUUCUUCUUCAUCGCCGGCGGACCACGCAACUCGUGCUGCUCUGGUGCGCCGCGCCUACCGCCGCGCCCUUCUACAGCACCACCCGGACAAGCAGAUGCGCACAGGCACCCAGCCUGCGUCUGCCUUUACCGUCGACGACAUUAAGGCCGCCUACAUUGCCCUGGGUGGGGACAGCGCGGGUGGAACGGCACCCCCCGGCGGCGGGGCGCUGGAGAGCGCCUCGGCCGCCCUCGAGCCAACCGCUACGGGGCUCGAGAUUGUCGACCUCGACGAGCUGCCGUAUGACGAGGCCACGCAGACAUGGUACCGGGCUUGCCGGUGCGGCAACCCGCGAGGGUACGCGUUUAGUGAGCAGGAUCUGGAGGAAGAGCUGGACGCGGAGGCGAUGGAGGAGCUGCUCGUGGGCGGAGAGGCCACGACGACAAUACCAGCCGGCGAGCUCCUCGUAGGGUGCCAGGACUGCAGUCUGUGGCUGUGUGUACACUUUGCUGUGGCGCCAGAUGGGGGCGAGGACGACGAUGACGACGUGGCGGAGGAAGCUUGA